AGUUUGGCGAUAAUGUCCAGCAAAACCCAUUCAGAAUUCAACGUGUGGCUACGAUUGGAGUGUAAUUUUUUAUUCACACACAGUUGUUAAGUGAAAAUAGUGGAUUGGGACUGAUAAGGCGCACAGAUAGGAACAGAUCAACCGGCGAUAGGGCCGUGCCAGGCCAGGCCAGCGGUGCGGAGUGGAGGCAUGGAGAAGAGCAGACAGAUUACAAAUAUUAAAUGUGAGAGGCACAAACGAAAGUCACUGGGAAAAAGUCGAAGAGUGAGAGUGGAAGGACUCUCUGCCAUGCGGACGCUAUAGUUAGAAGCGUAUCAAAACAGAGUAAGCUACCCAUACGGAGAGCACCUCCGAGAGGGCACAACAACUGAGAGCAACCUCAAUCGGUUGAUGUGGUGGGUGCACAGCGAUACGAGUAUCAGUCAGUGUGUGGCAGCGAGACGCUCCAGAGUGUCGAUGGUCUAUAAAUAAAAUCUGUUGCUCGUAAAGUGGCUAGUGAAUGGUCUCCGAUAGCCAGUUCGAAAGUUAUAAAACACGCAUCGCGCGGAGAGCCUCAUAAAAAGUGCAUUCAACCACGUGCCGUGGAAAGACUUUCAAUCGAAAUAAAAUGCCAAAUGAAAAGGAGGGUAACGGCAGCUCUCCGGCUGCGAGCAACGGACAUGCGGAGCCGGAACCGGAGCCGAAAUCGAGCGAUGAAGAUAACUCACUAGACGCCAUUCUCGUGCGUAUUGGCCAGUUUGGACGCUAUCAGAUAAUCAACUAUGUGCUCUUGUGCGUUCCCAUGCUCUUCAAUGCCUUCUUUUCGAUCUCAUAUGUGUUUACCGCGAGCACAGUGGUGCAUAGGUGCAACAUCACUCAGUGCGAUAGCCCCGCUAGCGUUUACGAGGAGAGCUGGCUGAACUUUACAGUUCCCUACAAGGGCUCCUCCUGGGACGACUGCCAUCGCUAUGUGGCGAAUGAAACGGUUUACUCUCCCUUCACGGAUCCUUCGGGGGCGUACUGCGAUGCCGAGUACUUUAGCAAAGAGACGGAGACUUGUGCCCAUGACUUCAAGUUCAGGGAUGAGGAGAAGACCAUUUCCACUGAGUUUGGAAUAUUUUGCAAAGAUGAAUGGAUGCUCUCGAUGGUGGGCACUAUCAACAAUGUGGGACAAUUUGUGGGCAUACCCCUGGGCGGUUUCUUUGCAGAUCGAUACGGACGACGCACAAUGUUGGCCAUAGCUGGAGCACUGAGUGCAUUCAUGGGUGUUAUUCGCUCGCUGUCGACCAACUAUUACAUGUUCCUGGCCUUCGAGUUCCUCGACAUGGCAGUGGGCAGCACCCUCUUCCCCACGGCCUUCCUCUUGGCCAUUGAGUUGGUUGGGCCCAAGCGUCGCGUGGCUGCAGCCACCAUCAUCACCAUUUUCUACUCCCUGGGCGAGGCUUUCCUCGGCUUCCUGGCCUCGCAAGUUCAGCACUGGCGCUGGCUGCUCCGUGUGCUCUAUGCCCCUGCUGUCCUGCAGAUACUAUUCCUGUGGAUACUUCCCGAGAGCGUGCGCUGGCUGCUGAGCCAGGGAUCGGAGGAGCGAGCCGCUGCUGUGCUGCGCCGGGCAGCGCGCAUCAACAAACGGCCCUUGCCGGAUGAGCAGUUGGACGAGCUGCUGGCCACCAAUCGGCAGAAGCUGAGUCAGGCCAACGAGAGCCAGUACCCCAUAAUGAAAGCUGUGCGAUUCUUCUCGCUGCGUAUUCUCAACUGCUGCCUCUGCUGGUUCACCCACACUCUGAUCGCCCUGGGACUCAGCCUCAACUCGGUCAACUUGGGUGGAAAUAAGUACACGAACUUUAUGCUGAACGGUUUUAUCCAGAUCCCCGGUCUCCUCCUCCCACUGAUCAUCAUGGAUCGAAUCGGCCGACGUUACUCCCUCUGUGCAUCGAUGCUCCUCUGUGCGGUCUGCAUGGGCGCCUCCGCAGGCAUUGCAGCAGAUAACUACGCGGGUGCUCUGACAUUGUUUCUUAUUGGGAAGCUGGCCAUCACGUGCAGCUUUCAGAUUCUGUACUUCUUUACCUCGGAGAUCUUUCCCACCAAUGUGCGCAACAGUCUUCUUUCCCUUUGCUCCAUGGUGGGUCGCAUUGGUUCAAUGCUGGCGCCGCAGACGCCUUUAUUGGCCAAGUAUUACCUAUACGCCCCGCAAAUUCUGUUUGCCAGCUUUGCUCUGAUGAGCGGAGUUCUUACCCUGGCAUUCCCAGAGACGGCAGACAAGGUACUGCCCACCACCAUGGAAGAGGCACGCGACCUGAAUCUGGCAAAGCGCAGGGCACACGCCGUUGUGGGUGAGGAGACAGAAGGUGCUCGUACGCGUAAGAUGUGUUGAUCUACAUCCGGUGUUUGUUCCAUGGUGUCCGAGAAAACGCCAAAGAUUUUAUAACUUAAGUGUAGGAAAGCCAAUGGAUGCAUUUGUUAUUAUGUUCGUUAUGUUUUAGUUAGGUUUUGGAUGUAAUUGUCGAUUUUAUUUCAAAGAAAAUACACAAUUUUCAACAUUUAAAUUUUAAGCAAAUAAAAAUUCAAAUUUUCUACAUACAGUCUACACGUCUACACCACUAACCAUACAGCACAUAUACAUAUGUAUGUAAGCGUGCCAAACUUUCGCUAGUCUCCGGUUGGGGGCGCCAGUGUAGAAUGUUAAACUUUAAUAUGCAAAAUUUCACAUCUCUGUCACUAGCCAUACAGUAUAUACAUAGAUGUACCA